UCAAAACAGAAAUAACAUUUCUCUUUUUCGCACUCGUUUCGAAUGAGAAUGGGAAGUAGCAAAUCGAAGACUAAAAUUCCUUCAUCUACUGGCGGAGAAAAUGGAGAAUGGCGAAGGGUACGUCUAUCUUGCGCUGAGGGAUGCAAUGUCUUCUAUUGGUCAGAAGGUGAAUCUGUUGGCUGUAGUUGUCGAGCAUGGGGCUCCAAAGAAGACCAAGGGAACUGAUUAUGUCCUCACGCUGAAGAUAAUGGAUGCGUCUUAUCGGGAUCAUGGAUUUUCUGUGAAUUUUUUUAUUGAUAAAAUUGACAAUAUGCCCAUUAUCAAGUCAGAUGGAGAUAUAAUCUAUCUACGUCGUGUUGUGAUGAAAAUCUACGAUGGCGUGGUGUAUGCUCUUUUCAACAAGAAAUUCUCUACUUUUGCCUUAUUUGAAGGGAAAUCUGGUGAAGGCUUCAAACCGUAUCAGGUAUCUUCGAAAAUUCAAAUUACCAAUCACGACAAGGAGUAUAUAACACAACUAAGAACAUGGUUGGUUGAUUAUCAAUUGGAUGCAGGUGUGAAUUCAUACUUAUUGCAGAUGAGAGAGAUCAAGGUAGGCGGGUUCUUUGAUUUUAUAUGCAAGAUUCUACAUGUAAGUGAAGAUCUUGAAGGCAAUUGGGUGCUUUUUGUUUGGGAUGGAACAGAUGCUCCACCUGUGAGUUUCCAAACAAACCUGGAUGCUGAAGCGCAGAAUCCACUUCCUUUACACUUGGAACCAUCACCUCUAUCAAGAGAUGUUUUAUGCAAAUUUCCUUGUGUGGGAACUGUCUUGAGGAUAUUUGCUAAUAACCCCCGUGAAGAACUUGGCCUACGAUCACUAGGUAUUGGCCAAUGGGUGAAAUUCCAUAAGAUGAUGUUUCAAUCGCAAUCCGGGCUUUGGCAUGGUCUAUUGACACCUUCAAGUAGACUUUCUGCUUUGUCUGAUGAGGACAACACGGUUGUACAUUGCGAAAGGUAUUACAAUGAACGGCUAUCAUCUAAUCUGAAUAACUUGCCUUUGUCAAGUUUUCCAUGGCCCUCUCUCAUUACAGAGACAGAUCAUGAUCAUGUCGCAUUCUCAACAUUAAUGGAUGUCCUGACGUACUCAAAGGUAACACAAAAAUUCAAGUGCGUUGUUCGUGUAGUAGCAUUAUUACCCUGGCGAGCUGAGGACUUCCGUUCUCCAGAAGGGACACGUGUUUAUAGGAUCAGAUUGACGCUAGAGGAUCCAACUGCAAGAAUCCAUGCUUAUGUGUUUGCUGAAGACGGGGUGAAGUUCUUCGAGGGUUAUCCACCGCCUGAUACAUUGACACGCAAGAUGAACAAACUGCUUGGUUUAACUGAAAGUGGUAGCAGUGAGGAUAGUGACAAUGUUUCUAGGAAUCCUCCAUGGGUGCAGUGCUGCAUCAAGUCUUAUUACUUGGUAAAGAGCAAUCCUUGGGAAACUAGGCGCUACAGGAUCUUUGGCACGAAGCUAGUCCAGUGAAGACUGAAGGUUGCUUUGGAUCUAAAUGUUGUAAAUACUAAAAAAAUUGCUCACUUGUUCCAAUAUUUCAUGUACAGUACUUUUGAGCUUUUGAAUUGUCUUGAACUUUUGAUAUUUUGAUUUCUUGUGUUAGUUUUGGUUGCUCAUCUAACUUCAUAAAGCAUAUUUACCGUAACUCAUAUGAAGCAUGAUAUGUCCUCUCUUGUUCUACAACUUGGCCUGUUCUUGGACUUGAGGAUCUGAACUUGACCAUAA